GUCAACACGAUGCAUUAGUUCUUUAACUACCUCACAAAAGCCAACAUGAAAUCAGUUCAAUUUAUUUUAACGGGUGUUUUAAUAGUAGUAUUGAGCCAGGUUCUAAUGAGUACAGCACAAGGCCAAGGUGGUAAUGGUGGCAGUGCCGGACAACCAGGUGCUCCCGGCGGUAAUGGUGGUAGUGCCGGACAACCAGGUGCUCCAGGAGGUAAUGGUUAUGCAGGAGCUAGUGGUAAUGGUGGUGGUUAUCAAUACUCAUCUGCCUCAUCUGCUUACGUUUCAGCUUGGAGUACUAUUUAUGUUAUUUCUUUGUUUUCAUUGUUUUUAAUAAUUAAAACUUAGGCAUUUGAUUUGAUGAUGUGUCAAUUUAAAUUAUUAUACUACUGCUCAGUAUAUUAUAAAUAAGAUUGUAUGACUUAUUAAAAAAAAUAAAAAAAAAACAA